UACCAGACGCUCACGCACAUAACAACUUUCAAGGCAAUUAUUCUGCCGACAAUACAUACGAUUAUCAAUCACCUUUGCAACCUCAAUUUUCGGAUACACUUGAUUAUUGUGUUCCAAAUUUCCCAACACCCCCUAAUCA